GGCAGUAUCUGCUAUACGAAACUAACAGACAUGAAAGGUCAAGGACGUGGUGCUCUUUCGCGCCAAGUUGACAGAAAAAUGAAAACAUUCUGUUAUUAAAAAGGGAAAACAAUGGAUUGAUGUUACUGUUUUUGGCAGUCUGAUAAUCAUGGCUGGUGUGACAGUAUUGCAGAAAAUUGAAAACAUGGAAAAAACUCAAAAGAAUCCUGAUCAUGUUGAAGAAUUACAAAGUCCACAAAGAUCAAUUACUGAUUUCUUCAAAUCUCCACCCUCCAAACAAUUGAAUUUAAUGAAGGUCUUCUCUAGUACACCUAUAGAUAAAAAUGCUAAUAAAGCUUCUACAGUACACAGUGAGGUAGACGAUUUUAAUAUUUUAGCCCAAGAUGGUAAUAAAAUCAUUAAAAAGAAGAAAAAAUCAAAUAAAGUUAGAAGUGAAAAGAUCCUCAGAAAUGAAAACAAAGAUACCGGUAUUGAAAAUCAUGGAGGGAACAUAAAAGUUCCUUCUGAAGAUCUGAAUAAGUCUGGUAUUUGUAGGAGACUAAAGUCAAAGAAAAAAAAAUCUAAGAAAUCAAAAGAUUUAGAUGAAGAUUUUAUACAACAUUUUGACUCCAUACGUGUAAUAAGUGAUACUAGUACUGAUGAUGUUAAUUCUUCCAAAAAUGAAAAUUUGACCAAAAAGUUCCAAGUAGAUGAUGUGCAGUCGGACAUUGCGGAACAUACACCCACUAUAACCAGAAAGCACAAAUUAAAUGAACAGAAAAGUGGAGAUAUUCUUCCAGAUGAAAAUUUUUCCGUUACUAAAAUCAAAAGGAAGAGACUGUUGGAUUGUGAGAUAUCCGAAAAACAAAAUAAACGUUCAAAAUGUGAUCUGGUGGAAGAUGUAAAAAAGAAUAUUGAAAGUAUUUCCUAUGAAGAUUAUCUAAAAGGUCUUGGAAAUUCUAAUGCUGAGGAUCAACUAACUACUGACAAUCAGUUAUGUGCAAAAAAGGAAGAAGAAGAAAUAUCUUUGAAUUCAAUUCCUAAAGAUUAUCCUUCCAUAACAAAAUAUUUUGGUACAAAAUCAAAAAUUCAGAAUUCCAAUUCACCCCAAUCAGAGGGUAUAAGUAGAUCACCAUCACCAAUUACUAUCACUGCAGACAUUCAUCCAGAGCCAUCAUCUCCUCCAUCUAAACCAGCAGCAGGUGUCUAUGACCUUUUUACUAAAAAACCUAAAGUUUCUUCAAAAAUGCAUAAUUCUUAUUGUGAAAAAUCUGUUUUAUUGUCACCAAACUCUUCGUGUAUAAGUUUAGAUAGGGAUGAAAUAAUUUUGAUAAGUUCAGAAAUACAACCAUCAGAUAAUGUUGAGAUGUGUAAAAAUUCAAAAAUGAGAAAUGAAAAACAUGCAGCAUUGUGUUCUCCUAAAACAAGUGAAAAGGACAAUACAAAAUCAGAUUCUGCUACGGUGAAAGAAACAGAAAAAUUGGAUUCAUCUAUUGAAAUAAUUUCCUCGCCUAAACUUGUGAAAUCGGUCUCAAAGGAAGGUAAAGCUUUUUUGACAAGUGGCAGUCAGUUGGUAAUUCCAUCAAAAACGGCACAAGCAACUUUGUCCUUUACUAAAUGCGGAUUAAAGAUGGACAAAAAGAAUACUAUUAAAGAAAAAGAAGUGAUUAUUGAGGAAAAAGAGAUAGUUAGUACUGAAACUCUAUUUGUGGAAAAAGUCAAAAUAUCAAGUAAAAAGUUAAAGGCAAAGAAAAAUAUUGAACAGGUUAAUGAGAAACCAUCAUUUGAUGAUACUACUGAAGAUAUUUUAAGUCCAAGAAGAUCAGUGAGAAAAAAAUACAAAGUAACUAGUCUGCAGUUUGACGAUAGCAAGAAAACACCAAUUAAAAUAAAAAUAAGAUGUAGAAGAAGUAUUGGAAAUACAAGUACAGAAGAAUCCGAAUUUACACCAAGAUCUAAGAAAACAUCUAGUGCUAAAAAAGACAGUGCUAAAAAGCUUUCAAGAAAACUACUUAAAGCUCAAGAACUUAUUGUGAAAGCAAAACUUCAUAAAACCAAACAAAAGGAAAAGAAAGUAAAAAGAAAACCUAAGAAGAAGGAACCAAUUGAAGAAUAUGUUCCCAACCGACGUCUGAGUCCUCGACUAGCAACUAAACCAAAUAUAUCUUUAGAAGUUAUAGAUUUAGAUGAAGAUGUUGUUGAAGUUAAAAAAGUAAAGGCAAAGAAGGGCAAAGUCUUAAAUAAUAAACAUAUCAUCAGAAGAGUUCAGUCUCCUGCCAAAACAAAAUCCCCUAGAAAGGGUACCUAUGGAACUUCUAAAUUGGCAUCAAUAUUUAGCACAAAGAAAAAUGAAGGGACUGAACCCGAAAUAGUGAAAGAACCCGAAGAUCCUGAAAAGGUUCGCUUGCGACAGGCAUUUCUUAGUAGUGGUAUACCUGAUGAAAUUAAAAAACAGACUGAGGUAUAUCCAGUAGUGGCUGUUCUUCCAGAAUUUUCACCCUUUCCUCACAUAAGUCAUGUUCAACAAAAAACUAAUUCGACAGCAUGGAAUUUACCAGCUGUCGCUUUGACUCUAACAAAUCAGUUUGACUUUUCCAACUCUGUUGUCAGUUGGAAAGAAUUGGGUCUUCAAAAACUCUACAAGGAAAAUAUUACUACCCCAAUCUUUGAUAUAAAGAAUUUUUCACAUCAUAAAUGGUUACCAGAUGAAAGCUGUAAGAGAUUACUUGAAGAUUUAAGAAAAUUUAAUUCUAUCUAUCAGUUUCAACAGAUGUUUGACACAUUCAAAGCUAAAAAGUUAGAGGAAUUGAAAUCAUCUAAUACAGAUGACAAUCAGGAAAAAUCAAAAUCUGAGGAUUCUAGAACUGAGGAACUUAUUGUAAUAGAUGAACCAUCAAAAGCACAGAAGAAAAAUAAACUAAAAAGGAAAAAGGAUAAAAGUAAGCAGGAAAUAGAAGAUACAACAAAAGUUUUGGAUUCUGCACCAAAAAUGCUCCCAGAGUUAAUGUGGACAGAACGUUAUCAACCAACUCAUUCGUCAGAUAUCAUAGGCAAUACAGGAAAUAUCAAUAGACUUAAAACAUGGCUGUUAGAAUGGAAACACAAAACACAUAAAGAUGCUAGAAAGAUGAAGAAAUUAUUGACCAAACAAUCCAAGACUUCCAAAACAUCUAGUCAAGAUGAUGGUUGGCUUAAAGAAGAUAGCGAUUUUUAUUCUGAAGAUAGUGAAGAUGAGGAAGACACAUUAUGUAAUACUAUGCUUAUUACAGGAUCGCAUGGUAUUGGUAAGACAGCAACAGUAUAUGCCUUAGCCCAGGAAUUAGGAUACAAGGUAUUUGAAGUGAAUACAUCAUCUUCUCGUAAUGGUAAAAAGAUAUUAUCUAGAUUACAAGAGGCAACACAAUCACACCAAGUAGGUCAAGUUAAAGAUGGUAUACCACCUCCUGUCUUUACACCUACAGAUAAUACAGUAUCAGCCACCAAGAAAGAUACACCUCAAAACAAACUACCAACAGCAUUUACAAAUUUGUUUAAUAAAGCUAAGAAAUCAUCUGAUGUAGAUACAAAGAAUGAUGUUGAUGGAAAGAAUAAGCUAAGGAAUAAAACCACUCAAGAAAAUGAUAAAACUGAAAGCAAAAAAAGAAAAAGAAAAAAUAAGACGGACACUGAAGAUGAUAAAUUAUCCAAAAAACAGAAGAAAGGUAUAAAAGAUGAAGAAGAUGAUCAUUUUAAAAAAAUGAGUCAGCUAUAUCAUAAAGAUGAUUCUAAUCAAGCUGGUGGUCUUAAUUUGAAUUCUACUUCAGUUAUAUUAUUUGAUGAGGCUGAUCUUGUUUUUGAAAAAGAUGUAGGAUUUCUGUCUGCAGUACAAUAUUUUAUGAAUACAACUAAAAUACCUAUCAUACUGACUACAACCAAUAAAAACCUAGCUACAUUAAUACAGGCUAGAUUAGAAGUUGUUCAAUUUGAGCCACCUUCAUUGAGUCUAGUGGUCAGUCAUUUGCAAACUAUAUGUUUAGUAGAGGGUAUUAGAACAGAUUAUCAAGAUCUACACAAUCUGGUUACAUAUUAUAAUAAUGACGUUAGAAGAUGUAUGUUAGCUUUACAAUUUUGGGUGGAGAGUGGAGGUGGGAUUAAACAACAUCAAACUAUCAAAACUACUUUAUCAACCAACAACAAAUUCCCCUCAAGUAAUUCAGAUACAGUUGUGGGAUGUGAUGAAUCAGAUAAUGAAGAUUUUGUCAGUAUUUAUCAACAUAAGAAGCGAGCAGGAUGUAGACAAAUAGUAGACGAUGAAAGUAAUGAUAGCAGUCAAGAUAAUUUACCAGUUAUUCAUAAUCUCUGUAUAGAAUCAGUGCUAGGGUUAUCUGAUAAACUACAAUCUAAUAUAGAAGAUCACAUUUCUACAUUCCUUCAGGGAAGUUUUAAUAGUGACAGCUUCGUAUCUACUAUGUAUUGCUGUGAUGUGUUAGGAUCAUUACGGUUUAAUUUAUUGAUCAAUAAUAUAAUUCACUUAUUACCUUUACCAAAAUCUUGUUUAAUUAAACAUAAAACAGUUGUUAAUAAACCUGUUUCAAAGAGGAAGAGAAUAUUAGAUACUGAAGAUUACGAUAGUGAAAUAUUUGAUAGUGAAAUCACUGAGAUACGACAUGUACAAUGUCAUGACAACGCCCAAGAGACAGACAAUUGUGAAUUGGAGUCGAAAAAAGAAAAACGUUAUAUUUCGAAGUGUUUGAGAUCAUUCUCGUCAUAUUAUGAAAACAUAUCUUUUAUGGAUACCAUAGAAACAGUGCUGUCAAUCAAAGAUUUAGACAAUAAAACAUGUAGUAUUCCUGGAAAUUCUCAGGAAGCCAGUUUAUCUGAUUUGACAACAGUAUAUGAACAUCCUCAUCAGUGGUUAAGACAACAACACUGUGAAUUAUUAAAUGAUUUAGAAACUAGAUGUAGUAAACAGUUAUGUGAAGAAAUUCAAGAUGUAUAUCUUUCUGUUCAGAAGAAAGUACAUGAAGACAAUUUCUUAAAUAAAUUGUCAUUACCUGUGCCAAAAGGUGUCACAAGCUUCAGUAUUCAAGACAAAAUAAGCAAAUCUAGCCUCAAGAGUCAAGAUGCUCAAGAUAACAUAUGGGCAAAUUUACCUCUCUCAACAAGUAGACGACAUGUUCAUCUAGAUUAUGUACCAUAUGUUAGAUCUAUGCACCAAACCGAAUGUACAAAACAGAUUGAAAAAGCAAAAAGGAGAUUUCAUCAUCAUUUUGACAAUAUUGGAUUUGGUUUGAAGAAGACAACGUUAGCAUACCUUCAACAACCUCUAGAAUAAAAACUUCAAUAUUUCAAUGUACAAGAUUAGAUGAAAGAAUAUCUUAUGUAAAGUGCAAUAUUGAAUGUUAAUAUUUGUGUUUGUAAAGUUAUUUUAUUGAGUUAUCAUUGGUCGAUUUCUUUAUUAAUUUGUUGGAUUAGAUACAUGAAUAAUGCAUGUUAACUAAAUAUCAGAAUGGUGGUAAGGGAAGGUAUAUUGAAAUAGGCUCCAUAAUUCCUUCUCUACCUCCCACCCAUCCACCUCCAAUUUGCUUACUGAUCUUAUAUUAGGAAUUGUUGCAAGUCAUGAUUAUGCAAUUUGUAACUGCAUCAACCAACCAUUUGCUAAUCAGACAAUUCCCAAAUAAUUUUAUGUCUAUAUAAUUAUAAUUGCAGAUCAUAUCUCUGGAUGGUAUGAAAAUUUGUAAACAAAUUUACAUUCAUCCCUACAGUAGAAAAAUUUUGUUUCAAAAGAAUAUCUUUGUUAACUGAGAACUUCAUUAAUGUGUUUAGAAUUGAACACAUACAUAUGCAACACACACACAGCUUAAUAAUAUUAUGUGAGGGAUGUUGCUGUCAAAAUCCUCUUGUUGGAAUUUGUUUAAGUCUAAUCUUUAACAUGUUCUUAACGUGAUUAUUACAAUGUGAGGUUGAAAGGACAUUUUCUUAUGCAAAUAUUACAUAAUCAAUUUUAAUUUUUCAUAAGAGUUUCAUUACGUUUUAUGUUGGUAUAUAUUUUUAAUGGUUCUAUGUAAUUGGGUUGGUAGAAAUUCUUGUCUUGACUAUGAGAUAGAAAUAGGAUAUUUUAUUGAUAUCUGUAAUUUGUAUUUUUAAUCUGUUGUUACUAGAUUAAAGGUUGUAAUAAAGAUAUCUUAUGUCUUAUUAAAAUAUCCAUAAAGACACAGCUAUUUAUUUAAUGAUUAUGAUAAUUAGAUUUAUUUAUA